AGGAGCACACAAGGGAUGAGGAGCUGCUGGCAGUACCCCCUCCAGGGCUCAGGUUCCGACGCCCUGAGCCAUUCCGUGGAGCACGGCGAGUGGAGCGGGCGGCAGCUCCUGCAGGCGCGCCAGCAGAACGGGACUGCUGUGCCCGAGCAGGGGGAGCAGCUCUACGUCAGGAACUGCACUGAGCCAGCUCUCCAUGAGUUCCCCAAUGACAUCUUCACCAACGAGGACAGGAGACAUGGAGCUGUGGUCCUGCACGUCCUCUGUGCUGUGUACAUGUUCUACGCGCUGGCCAUCGUCUGCGACGACUUCUUCGUGCCCUCGCUGGAAAAGAUCUGUGAACGCUUGCAUCUCAGUGAAGAUGUGGCUGGGGCUACUUUCAUGGCAGCAGGCAGCUCUGCUCCCGAGCUGUUCACAUCUGUCAUAGGUGUUUUUAUCACAAAAGGAGACGUAGGCGUCGGCACCAUCGUGGGCUCAGCUGUAUUCAACAUCCUCUGCAUUAUUGGUGUGUGUGGGCUUUUUGCAGGACAGGUUGUUGCGCUGUCGUCGUGGAGUCUCCUGAGAGAUUCCAUCUACUACACGCUGUCUGUGGUUGCACUCAUCGUGUUUAUUUAUGAUGAAAGAGUUUCCUGGUGGGAGUCCUUAGUCUUAGUGCUGAUGUACGUCAUCUACAUCUUUAUCAUGAAGUACAACUCCACCAUACAUCACUGCUUUGAGAGGAAGACAAAAAACUCUGCAAACAUGGUGAAUGGUUUAGCAAGUAACACGGAAAUGGACGACAACAGCAACUGUGAUGCCACAGUGGUGUUACUAAAGAAAGGUAACUGUUCCAGAAAUUUCCACCGUAAAGCCUCAGUGAUCAUGGUUGAUGAGCUGCUCUCUGCCUAUCCACACCAGCUUUCAUUUUCCGAGGCUGGGCUCCGGAUCAUGAUAACCAGCCAUUUCCCUCCCAAAACACGUCUCUCCAUGGCCAGCCGCAUGUUAAUCAAUGAGAGGCAGAGGCUGAUCAACAGCAGGACUUACACCAAUGGUGAGUCAGAAGUAGCAAUCAAAAUUCCCAUCAAGCACGUGGUGGAGAACGGGACGGGCCCCAGCAGCGCCGCGGAGCGCGGCGUGAACGGCACGCGGCGGGAGGAGGACGCGGCCGAGGCCGGCAAUGAGAACGAGAACGAGGACAACGAGAACAACGAGAACGACGAGGAGGAGGAGGAAGAUGACGAUGAGGAUGAUGAUGACGACCAUGAAGGGCCAUACACACCUUUUGACCUGCCCACUGGCAAGAUGGAAAUGUUGAAGUGGGUCUUGACAUGGCCCUUGAGUUUUGUCCUGUACUUCACAGUGCCCAACUGUAACAAACCCCACUUGGAGAAAUGGUUCAUGGUCACCUUUGCUUCUUCUACCCUGUGGAUUGCAGCUUUUUCUUACAUGAUGGUGUGGAUGGUGACAAUCAUCGGGUACACACUGGGAAUUCCAGAUGUGAUCAUGGGCAUCACUUUCUUGGCAGCGGGAACCAGCGUGCCAGACUGCAUGGCAAGCCUUAUCGUGGCCAGGCAAGGUAUGGGGGAUAUGGCCGUGUCCAACUCCAUCGGGAGCAAUGUUUUUGAUAUUUUGAUUGGCCUAGGCCUGCCAUGGGCUUUGCAGACCCUAGCCGUGAAUUACGGAUCAUAUAUUCGGUUAAACAGCAGAGGACUUAUCUAUUCUGUUGGUCUCUUGCUGGCAUCAGUUUUUGUCACAGUUUUUGGUGUCCACAUGAACAAAUGGAAACUGGAUAAGAAGCUAGGGUGUGUGUGCCUUUCCCUUUACGGCAUCUUCCUGUGUUUCUCCAUCAUGACAGAAUUCAAUGUUUUCACUUUUGUGAACUUGCCGAUGUGCAGAGAUCACUGACGCAGGUGGCAGACUGUUGGGAGGAGCCUCCUCUUUACCUGUGCAAUACGAGCCACGGCUGGCAUCUCCGGGAUGCAGCGCACCUCCGAGUCCUGACCCUUGUCCUGUCCACUGUUCUUAGGACCCGUGGCCCCGCCUAGGUUUGCCCUCUCCCUGACCCCCACAACCUGGAGCAUUCCUUCAUCGAUGUGAAGAGUGUUUUUCAGCAUCCCUGUGGUUUCCUAGCUCAGUUUUUGAACAGUGUGACUGGGACUCAAGAUGAACUGGCUGCUAACUGGCAUUAAGCCAGUCAAAACUGAUCUGCUACAAUUCCUUUUUUUAAGUUAUUUGAUGGAAGACUAAUUAAUUUAUGACUUAAAGACUAUUGCUACAAUGCAGAAGGUGGUACGUCAUAUGGAGUUGACUUCCAAGGAGAAUCAUGGGAAUUUUUUUUUGGUUGUGGGCAGUGUUUUUUGUUUGUUUUUAGCUUUUAGUUUUGGGUUUGCAGGGUUUUUUUUUGUUUUGGGGUGGGAGUGUAUUUUUUUUUUUUUUAAUUUGCCAGAGAUCAACGUUCUCUCUUGCAUCUUCUCCUGAAUGCUGGGUCUCCUGUAAUAAUCCAAAGGCCACAGGGCAGUGUAAAAUGGAAAUGCAAUUCAAGGUACUCAGCAUAACAAUGGAUAAAAGAAGAUUGUCAAGGAAAAAACUGAUGACUUUUUACUAUAAAUAGUUUAACCUUGUACAGGUUUGUUCAAGAAUGCAAGCUAAAUGUGGAUUCAAAGGGUAAACACUGCUACCAUUUUACUAUGAAUGUUGGAGUUUUAUUACUACAGUGUUUGUUAUUUCCAAGCAAUAGUUUGAUCGCCAGCCCAGGAGGGCUACCAAGGAGGUGUCCUGGUUUUUAAUGGUCUGCACGUGGAAGUGGAAGGUCAGAACUUUUUCUGCUUCAUCAGAUUUCUUCUUCUGGGGGGAUUCAGUAGUUCAUGUCUUAUUCGUUCUGAGGAGGACAGAAGUACAUGUGAAAACUUUUCUAAAUGAGUUACAGACACUGGUUUCUUAAAGAAGAAAGAGGCAUAUUUUGCACAGACGUAGUUACUGAAGUCAUAAUUUGCCAUUCUUUAAAGAAUACACUGGACCUGGCGAGAUAUUUGUCAUUUAAGCAGUUGAACUUACCUGAUAACAGAUCAUGUGGGUUCAUCACCCCUCCUUUUGGGAGGGAGGAGGACACAGACAGAGAUGGCACAUUUUAAAGUGUGGAAUAUCUUCAAUGCAGACUCGCUCACAGAUCUUAAGUUAUUGUGAAAGUUUAGCUAUUCAUUGUUCCAAUAUCCCUGCUAGAUUUUGUAUAAUUCUGUAUUAAUAUGCAGGCAGCUUCCACCCCGAGAAACACCGUCACUGCUUCGUUUGUAUGUAUUGAUGCUGUGGGUUUUGCCACUGCGGCUCUUGUAUUUACUUUAAGCACUGAUCACUUCUGAUCCAUUUGGUAUGUUUUUCCUCUCGUGUAUGUUCUGCUAUGAAAUGUAUUAAGAGACUACCAACUAGGUGAAUGUUUUUGUCAAUGGUACAAACAGUGGCAAAUAACAGUAAAGCAAGUAGUACAGCAAACCCUGCAUUACAGAAAGAAAGGAAGAAAUCCUGAGACACCAAACCCUAAACUAUAGCAGGAAAAGAACGAGCUCCAGUUUAAAAGAAAAGAGAGCCAUGUUCUGUUCACUGACGAAAAGCCAAUUUUUAUUUCAUUUGCACUUUUGGAAUUGAUGUUUUCAUUCCGAUUUUCAUUGGGCAAGGUGUUGUAAAUGAAAAGGUUUGCUCCCUGUGGUUUCCCUUCAGCUCAGCAGCCGGUUUUCUUUGUUUGUCACACCAAACACGUGGAGGCACCGGCAGCUCGUGCACUGCGCGUGGCAGCCAAGCCCUGCGCAAGAAGCCACAUCCCGCCGGCCUGGCUCGGGGAACAACGUGUGCUGGUGGAUCCCUGGCAAGAAGGAGGAAGGGUCCAGGCACUGGCUGUGUAGAGAGAGCGGAUGGCAUGCCUGCAUUGCCAGUUUUCAUCCUGGAAAGCGAUUGUGCUGUGUCUUGUUGGGCUCUGCAGCCGAGGUUUGAGCAGCCUUCUCGUCCCUGUGCCCGCGGGACAUCCUCUCGCGUUAGGAAGCCCAUUGUACCUUCCUGUUGUUGGGUUUUUAUUUCUUUUGUUGUUGUUGUUAAUGAGGUGAAUAAUAAUAAUAAUAAUAACAACCACUAAAAUGCCUAAAAUACUUCCUUAAGUCAAAUGAUGUUUGCAGCGAUGUGGCAUGUGUCACUAAAGCCACCCCACAAACACGCAGCUCCACUUCAUAGCGAGAUGCCGUUGCUCCUAAGCAGAGUGUGUCCUUGCUGAUAAGGGGAAGGGAAAAAAAAAAGAAGUUUGAUAUCAGGGCCUAUUAUUUCUUCUAUUUUGAAUAUUUAUACUGCUGCUCCAAUGGAGCCAGUGUGAUCUAUUUCUGCGAAAUAGCCGUUACCUAUCCCAUGGCACAAAAACCGCACGAGUGUUUUUUAGGAACUUUUCCUACUGGUGUGCAUUAAAUACUGUAGUAAUUGUAGUUCUGUGUUUUGUGUGAAACCUGAAAUACCUUGCUUUGAUACUUGUGUGUUGCCAGAAUGUUCUGCAAGCAGCUUGUCCUAAGCAGAAGCAAAAGGUACCUUGAACUGCCGUUCCCUGUCCCGUAGAUGACUGGAUAAGUGUGUCCUGGAGCAGUGAUUCCUGCCAGGGGUGGCUGCUCGGGGGGAAGGAGGGAGCUGAGGGGCUCUGAGCUCUGCUGGGGCUGGGGAGCUGCAGGGAGCCACUGGGAAAGCUGUGUUGUUUUGGGUAUUUUUAGCUUGGCUGUGAAUUCAUUUGCAGUUUUCAUCUUCUGAAAGCAAGGGUCACCUUCGCGUGCGAAGCUUCUCUUGGACCAGUCAACUGUUUUUGUUUCCAUUCCUAGCAAUUUCAGAUGAUCUUCAGUGAGUAUUUCAAAGGGAGAUUAAAGAGGCUUUUCCUCCAUGGAAAGGCUUCAGUGCAGUUCUGACUUUGACUUGAGUAUGUGAUCCUUGGCUGGCUUCAGAUCUGCUUGACAUGGAUGGCCUUCCUCUGACAGUGGUUCAAAGGCAGAGUGAUAGGAGAGAUAUCAUCUUAAGACAUGCUGGGGAAACUGCUUUUGUCCCUACCAAAGGUGAAUUUUUCACUUGCCUUUUCCCCCCUCUUUUUUUCUAUUUUUGUUUUUCAUUUGCUGUGCUUUUUGCUGUGAUAAUAACACCAAUAUGAAAUGUGUGCACGAGAGAUUUUCACUUGCAUAAUUGUUGGUUUUGCUGUCAUGCCACUUGCAUGCUUAGUUUCCAGCUCUCUGUCCUCAGCUGUGUCACUGAAAUCAAGUGAUUAGCUUUGGAUUUGUGGUGGUGGUGCUUGUGGAGAACGAGGUACAGGACUGGGUUUUUUUCUUGAAAAAACAAAGCAGCUAGAAUGGCAGUCAAGUUUUAGAAAAAACAACAUUCAAGGCAGGUGGAGCAACCUGAAGUUAGCACUUAAUAACCUGCUGACAGGGAUUUUUAUAUGUGUUUUCCAGUUGAUACUUGUGGGAUAAAAUGUACAUUCAUAUUGUUGAAAAACUUUUAAAAAAACCGUAACUUUCUGCUGAUUGUCAAAUGUUUCUUAUAUGAAAAUCUUUUGCUAACCCUAAUCCUUUCAAUUGAAGUUCGGAGAGAUGCAAUAGUAAUUUUAUCACUUUCAAAGUUUAUCACUUUCAGUCAAUCUCAGUGCACCAUGCCUAUGUGACUUUAACUCUGCCUUGUACUCUCUAAGUUUCACUUGAUCAGCAACCACUGCAAGUCAGUCUAAAAGAGACUUAAAUCCAGGUAAGAAUGUCUGUUUUAGAUUGGUACAACUUUUCUGAAUCAGUUUAAAGCCAUGGUUUUAAGGAGAGCAGUGGAAGUUUGAAUAUUUCAAAGACCACAACCACUUCAGGGUUAAGGAGCUGCAGGGUCUGACUGUGCUGAAUGCAUGUAUCAAGCAGACUGAAAGGCUUAGUUUAAAAAAGAGUUUUCAGUAUUCAGGGACUUGAUUGAAAUCUGACCUUUGUGAAAUCAGGGGCAGAACCCCUGUGACUGUUGUAGGGUCAGUGAUGGGUUUGUGGCAGUGAGUCCUGGAAAGGGAGGGGGACGCUGUUUCUUUGGGGGAGUGGCCUUUUAAUUUUCUUACCUGAAUGGUUAAAUUACUGUUAAUUAAUAAGACCAAGCACCUUUAAGGGAAUUUACAUGAAUACUCUGUUAGCACUUUGUGGCCUCAAAUCUGAAGCACAGUUCCCAAAAGCAUCUACUUCAACCCAAACUGCUUGCACUUGUCUGGCUGAAUCUACAGAAUCAAGCUCGGGUGAGGACUUGGUCCCUGCCUUUUGGAGAAGUUAACUUUGUUUCUGGGAGAGCAAUAGGGUAAGAAAUGGCAGUCUGUGUCAUUGUGGCCUGGGGAUCUAAAUUGGCUAUGAAAUUGAUUGUUUUCUGGCCUGAAACAGUCUGACAUCUAGGUCAAGUUAUCCAAGUUUGAGUAGAAGCACCUAAUUUCAGCAAGGCUUGUAAAAAAAAAAGCACAGAUUGUUAAAAGCAACAUUUUUAAAAAUGUAUUUUUGCAACAGAAAAUACUUUAUUGUGGUGUUUUUUAGUAAGAUUCUGUUUUUCUGAUAAGACUUGCAGAACGAGUUUGAAGCCCUCCGCACCAGAGCAACCUGGCAGAAAUGUUGUCAGCGUAACCUUUGUCUUCCAGGUAGGAUUUAAACAGUGCCUAGAGCCAACAUGAUCGUUUCACAGCAGCAAUUGAAGAUAGUGUUUUUCUUGCCAGCUGAGGAGAAACACAGCACUGUGUGCCUCACCUUGUGAGGAUGUUUGUGGCUGGUUACAGACCUGCUCCAGUGCUGAGGUUUUUCAACUGAGGUUUUUCCAUUGGCGUGCCUGACAAGCAAUGCCAGACCUUGGGUUCCCAGAGGGGCGAUCCCUGCUGCUGAACUUCUUGUCCUGUCAGGAGAGGAGAGGGCUGCUGGGGCACAGGCCCCGUGGCUGCUGGUACUGCUGCCAGCCUGGGAUGACACUCGCUCCUUUUUCAGAGCAGGAGCAUGUGUUUCCCUGAGGACCAAGUCUUUCCUUGGCUCUGGUCAGAGUUGCUUUGGUCGGAUAAGUGCUGGAGCAGGGGAGGGCACAAGGGCUUCCUUAACUUUGCGUGUGUAAUGGCAGGUGUUGGCUGGCAGAUGCUGUGUCAAAGGAGGACUUAUGAUGGAGCCUGUGUGAAUGUUGGGACGUGGUUUGAAAUCUCUCCCAGGAGCAGACAUCCCUGUACACCCAGCAGCCACCCGCUUGCUUCCUUAUUUUAUCUUGCUCCUGGUGUUUCCAGGACUCACAGAUUUGCUUUCACUUUCUCAUAAGCUGCAUCCUUCUGCCUGUGGAGGCUGGCUCCCAUCCUGUUUAACACAGAAUUAAUGCACUGGGCUAGCACAAAUAGUGUGCAGGUUUUGAUCCAGUAAGCUGGUGGGAGAGAAUGCAAGGAGAGCCUUGCUUGGCGCAGCAGCCUCCGAGCACCUGACUCCAAACAGCACAAGCUGCCUGCCUGGGAAGUGCCCCAAGGCCCUGGGAUCACUGCACAGGACCUGGGGACACUUCUCACGUGUUUUCAGAGACUCCCUCAAGGGAAUUCCGCACCUUGUGCAAAGAAAUACAUCGUAGAAUAAUUAUCAUUGAUCUAAUUAAGGAAUUCUGGAUCCGACCUGGGCCUUUUACACUAUUAUUUACACUACAGAUUAUACUAUGGGAAUUCUACUGAGGGACUCAGUCACAAGUUCAUAUAAUUCCUGGACAGGUUUUUAGUGGUUUGGGUUUUUCUAAAAUACGUAAGUGUAGGUUUGUAAUCAGGCAAAAUACAGUAUUUAUACGUAUAUACACCCUUUACCUAGUAAAGAAUUUGUGUUAACUGUUGUUAAAUUGAAGCCAUAUGGUGAGCAGCUCUUUUCUGCAUAGGAAUAAGUUCUUAUUAUGGCAAGUGCUAAGAUGCUAUUGGUGUAUGAGUAUUUAGGCCAGUCUUACACAUACCUAUUUAUGAACUCAAGCAAAGUUUUUUGUUGUUUUAGCAAGGUGUAUUGUGAGUGGUGCCUGGCAGUUGCCUAUCUUUAAUACAUCUGUGUACAUUCAGUAGUAUUUCUUAUUAUUGUUAGUCAUUUGAAAUUCCAGUUCUUUUUCUGAAUAUAAAGUCAGUUUCAGGGAAGAAAAAAAAAAGAGCAUGUGUGAGAUGUUGAGGAGGUCAUAACGUUCUGUACUCCAGUAUUUAUGCAUUUUAUUUAUUGGUUUAUCAAACACAGAAUGCUGAGCCCCUGGUUCAAGAAAACAUUUCCCCAUGCUGGCAGAAGACUUAGAAACCUGAUUUCAGUCCCCUCCUAAAGCUAAUGCCAGGUUUUCCUGGAUCAGGGGCCACGCAGACUAAGCUAUUUAAAGCAUUGUUUCAUCCUUUUAGGUCACCACAAAAAAGGAUGAGACCUUCUCAAGUGGUUCUUGUAACUUUUGUGAGUAGAGAAGCUGAGAAAUGCUGAGAGAUCCAAAAAGUACAAAUAUGUAAAUAGUAAAUACUCCUUGCACUUUUAAUACUUGCAAUAUCGCUGUCACGAGGUACCAUUUGCAAUAACCAAAAUUCUCAUUUCAUAAGCUACCCACAAGUAGAUUUAUUAUUAUUGUUUUUGGAGGGUUUUUUGUCCCCACUUUCCAUUAAAGAAGUAAUCUUCCUUUGGUUUUUCCAUAAUUCUUUCAGCAGUCGGUGACUGGCUGUGGUUAAAUAUGAAGACCCCCUAAACCAGAUGUCGUGUACCAGCUAGUGCUCGGGCAAGCCGACAUUUAUUGUCUCAGCUUUGUGGCAGGGUUGUUCCCAUUUACAGCAGGACCUGCCACCCUGGAAUCCCUCAGUGAAGUUGGUCCCACCACUCACCAACACAACGUUCCCCUAUUCCCACCGCACUGGUUUGGUUUCAGGGGGUCAGCAGGUCUCCAGUGUAGAACAAUCUAUCCCAUCGUUACUGUCAGUGUGGGUGCAGCAGGGCUUACAGCAGCAGUGGAGUUCUUUUACAGACAGUGUGUUGGAGGGAACUUAAUUUGCCAGCUUUUAAAGGGGGGAUUUUAGAUCAGGAAAGCAAAAAAUAGAAGAUAAACGCUGAUUGUACAAAGUACAGCCUCAGUCUUUCAGGAAGGUGUGUAUAAUGUUCAAGUUUUGCAUAGAGUGAGCACCCGUAUUGUGUCAAGCAUAGAGUUCAGCUGUGUUGUUCAUCCCUGAUUCUCACAAACAAAAACAACCUUUUUUCCUCAUGUUUCUCAGUGUUGAGUCAGGACCUCUGAGUGUAGCAUGCCUUGGUGUAUCAUGGAACUGCCUUGUGAAAUUGCUUAUAGGUGAAGUGAGCAAGCACAGAUUGAACCACAAGAGGUUUUUGAAAAGCCAAAGCAAGUGCUUGUGCAGUAACUUCAUUCUGAAGUUUUUUUUUUUUUUGAAUGGGUGCCAGAAGCAAAGGAUACAGAGUGGGAAUCUGUAAUCAUAUUGCACUGGUGGAGAGCAAGUGCAAGCAAUAAUAGUACAGCAUGACAGUAAGUUGUCUGUAAUUCAGAUACUGGCAAGUUUCACAGGGGUCACAUUUACAUGAUGAUUUUCCUGGACACUCCUGAUCUUUGCAGCCCUCCGUCUUUAAUCAGGAAAGGUGAGAAGUGCGUUGUCCCUUUCUGAUGGAGAAGGGAGAAGGUGCCUAAUCCAAUGUGUCCAACUUGUAACCUGGCUGUGCAGGUGUGCCAGUUUGUGUGCCUGAGAGUUCACCUGUGUGCAGGGAACUUUGCAGUGUUUUAAAGAUUUCGGUAUCAAUUUUAGUUAGCGUUCCCUUGAGGAGCAGCGUGGUUGACCGCACUGUCCCCCCUUGGAAAGCUGAGAAUCCCUACCAUGCAGGCAGUAUUUGUGUGAGAUUACUAAUGGGAUGUUACCUUCAUCCUCGCAUUGAAUCUUUGUUUUCAAGACUCAAAGCCUACUAGGAAGAUGUUGGUAACAGUUUGGGGGAUUUGGGUUCAGUUUGGUUUUUAGUUUUUGUUGGUUAUUUCCUUGUUUGUCAAAGUCCUGUGCAAUAUGAACCCUCCUGGCAAGGCCUGGCGAUGGUUUGGGUGUUUCUCUCGCUGGUGCAUUCCUCAGAGCUCCCUGCAGUGGGAGGUGUGGGAGGGCAGGAGUGGCACUUCUGCAGGGCUCAGAGCUGGGGGUGUGACGAGCAGCGGAAUGGACCCAGCGCUCCAGCACAGCCCUGGCAAUGCGAGUGGAGACUCAGGUAAAGCAGGAUUCCACAGAACAAAAAGGUGAGCAGACAGACCUGAUAAUCCUCAAGCGUGCUGUGCAGGGUUGAGCCCCUUGCGGUGUUUUUUUCCAAGCCAAGCCCAAACUGUCGUGCGUGUGUGGUGCCAAGCCUAAGGCAGCCAAGCUCAGCACCCACAGUCACCCUGGCAGCCCCAGGAUGUGUGGGGACAGCGCCAAGGGCAGAACUCCAUCUGGGGUGGUGUUUAAAUCAUUUCAGGGCCAGCAGUCAGCUAUUCCAGAUAUGACCAUGUCACAGAGCUGUAAUGCAAAGUUUUAGGCUGCUGGAUGCGAUCUCUGCUGUGGUGUGUUUUAAAACAGAGGGCUGAGACCUUUUCGGUUUCUGAGCCGUGGGUAUGCUCAGGUCCCUGUCUGGUGAUACAGUCAUAGCAUCCAAGCUGCAGGAGGCACAGCAAUAAAAGUGACUGAUAGGAGCACUUUUUGUUGGAUUGGGUCCCUUAUCUCUGGGCAAUUCUUUGAUGCUUUUAAUCAUAAGGAAGAAAAUGUAGGUGGAACUGAGUGCAAAUGUCUAUAUAAUGUACGUUCAUUUACAACCAGCCAGAAAGCAAAACAAGCAGUGGUUUCUGGUAAUACAAUUCUACUCAAAAUAGCUUUCUAUUAAGUCAGCUUAAAAGUUUUUAAAUGGUGGAGCCACAGACAAAACAUUUGUUACCUUUUGAAAUGAGUUGCAAUGGUUUUGUCAUACUUGUACAAGUGUUAUAGGUCAGCCUUUCUGUAUGUUUUUACAACUUAAUGUAGAGUAGUCUUCUAUGCAUAGCUGUUCCACUUGCCUGUGUAAGGUACAAAUCUAACAGAAAUGAAAGCAUGCAUUUUUCUCUGUUUGCUGGUAACCUAUGAAAUUAGAAACUUGUAUUUCUGUGUUUUUAAUGUGUUAUUCUAUAAACAAAAUUCACAGCACUGUUGUCUAUGGAAUAUCAAAAAGUUUUAUUAGAAUGAAUUACUUUAAAUGUUUUGUCAA